AUGCCUUCUACUUUCAAAUACCUACACAAACUUCGAGGCCAGCAAGUCUUGAUCUUUGGAGGGAGCUCUGGUUUUGGCUUCGCCGUUGCCGAAGCUGCUAUCGAGCACGGAGCACAUGUCAUCAUCUCCGGGUCCAACCAAGACAGAUUAGAUGAAGCUGUUUCUCGACUUUCCCAACAGUAUACGGAUAUCAAACGAGGCCAGCUUACAUCUGCUAUCAUCGAUCUAGCCAACCUUGAGGGUCUUGAUUCCCGUCUCGAAGCCCUUCUGAAUCACGUCACAGACGGUGGAGUGAAAAACAUUGAUCACAUUGUCUUCACGGCCGACGCCACUCGAAGGGUUCCAAAGAUUGCCGAAACAACGACUGAAGACAUAAAUCACGUACUGCAACUGCGUGCAUUCUCGUCCAGCAUUCUGGCCAAGGUUAUCGCGGGCACGACGUACCUGCGCCGCUCUGCUAAUUCGUCCCUCACUUUCACCAACGGGGUCAACGGUCACAGGCCGGUGGAAGGAUGGGCACUUCCUGCCAUGGCUUCAACAUCGUUGGAAGGGCUCAUAAGAGGCCUAGCGGUUGAUCUUGCGCCACUCCGAGUGAAUCUAGUAUCAGCGGGACCGGUUGCGACAGAGUUGCUUGCUACACUACCGCAAAACUACCUCGAUAUGUAUGCAGAGCAGACGCUGCUCAAGGCUAUAGGGAAGCCAGAGGAUAUUGCCGAGGCAUUUAUCUAUAUUAUGAAAGAUCGUAAUGUCACAGGAUCGGUUCUCUUUUCAGAUGGUGGCCGCCGACUGGCUUAA